AAUCAUUCACUCAACGUUUGAGGCGAAGGAAGAGUUUCCCGAAUACCGUUUGUUUUGCGGUGCAAAAGUGUUUUAAAAUUGUAAAGUAGUGUCCCGUACUGUUCCAAUUGUCAUCUCUGCGGUACUGGUGUUCAAAAUUACGCAUCAAAGGUGAAAAAUUCCUCGCAAAAUAGGCGAUUUUUUUUUUGGUUCAUUGUGUUCGCAUUUGAAAAAGUGGGUUGAAAAAUUUCUGCAUUGUGGGCUGGAGGUGGAUUUUUUCCGCUUUCAUCGCCGUCAUCAUUAGUGCAUUGUUGCCAGGCUUUUGAAGUUAUUUUUUUUUUGUUGAACGAAUUGAAAAUAUUCGAAUUGAUUGGUGAACAACCUGAUGCGUGUUUACGUUCCAAGGUGAUGUUUUGUUCUAUUUGAUUGAAAUUGUGAUCAAUUGGGAAAAAAAAUUCCAUCGCUAACGCUGUGCAGCUGCCAGUCGGAUAACACUGAUUCCGUAGUGUCAGAGGUGUUUAAUGCGUGUGGUUAGUACCUUAGUGUGGGUGUUUCAAGCAUUCAUGUUUACAUACUGUAAAUGAAACGUCAAACAGGGUACCGCUAAGUUGGUGUUUGUGCGUACAGUUCGUUACCCAUUGCUCAAUGAAAAAGACCCGUUUCCUGAGCUAGCCAGUGUUACGUGUUGUAAAUAGUUCCUACGCACAGUGUACCGUGAGUAAUUACGAGGACAGCGACGUAAAAAGAAUAAGUGACAUUUAUUAUAAAACUUAAAUACUGAAAACGUAAAGCGGUUUUAAUGGAUUCUAUAAGUACUGAAGUCAUGUGUUGAUAGAUUAGUUAUCUAUACUUAUAUUGUGUAUAUUUCUGCAAGUGCCAUUCGAUAGAUUCGAGGAAUUCGCUGUGUGUAAAUUGCGGAACAAUUACACAGAUCAUUGUUUUAUAGUAUCUGCAGCUUUUUAUCUAUGUAACUCCUGUUCAAAUUUUUUUGUGCUGGGUACAACAUUACCAAUAGAAUUUGUUACAUUUUCGAUGCUGCUAAUAAUAGUGUGCAAACAUAAGAGCGCUUAUUGAAAUAGUGGCAAUGCUCAGUUGUAACGUCGAUUAAAACUUUCUGUAGGCUGAGUGUCUAAGUGUCUACUCUAAAAAAAAUUGUUUUCAACUCCUGAAAGAUCGUCACGGUCGUGUUUGAAAAGGAUCCAAUAUCUACUUGUAAUAAGGCAAACGAUCACUUUCCGUAACAACUGAAUAAAACAAAAGCCGCUUUUGGAACCAACACAAAACUGUAGCAAAUCAAUCAUACGCAUCAUUGUCCCUUCCUUCCUACCUACCAACCACGUAAUCAGCUCGAUCGCCGGUAUUUAGAGUAACUGUAACUGAGAGUCAAACUGCAUCCGCUCUACCAUCAUUAUUCUUCGAGUAGGCCAAGUAGCAGCAAUCAUUGAGUCACGAUGAAACGAAACGAUACGCAAAUGAACGUGGCCGGCAUACGCAGGAACAUCAAAAACCUUGCACACAACUAUUCCGAUGCCCAGAUCAAAGUUCGCGAGGCAACCUCCAACGAUCCAUGGGGUCCCUCGUCGACGAUCAUGGCGGAGAUUGCCGAUCUGACGUACAACGUAGUGGCAUUCUCGGAAAUUAUGCAGAUGAUCUGGAAGCGGACGAACGAUCACGGCAAGAACUGGCGCCACGUCUACAAAGCACUACUGCUGCUGGAGUAUUUAAUUAAAACGGGUACGGAAAAGGUGGCACAACAGUGUAAGGAGAAUAUUUAUGCCAUUCAGACACUGAAUGAUUUCCAGUACAUGGAAGAAGGUAAGGAUCAGGGAAUGCACGUUCGCGAAAAGGCGAAGCAAUUGGUCCAGCUGUUGAAGGAUGACGAACGGUUGAAAAACGAACGUGCGAGGGCACUGAAAGCCAAGGAACGGUUUGCUCGAACGGCCAGCGGAUUCGGGUCGGACGGAUCGAUCGACGGACCAAUACAGAAAGAUUCACGUCCGCCUAACUGGGGUGAGGGUGAACCAGUUGGAAAGCCAGCUUCAGAUAUUGAAUUCGUCAGACCACAGACCGUCGGAGAGGAAGAAUUACAAUUACAACUUGCUAUGGCAAUGUCUCGGGAAGAAGCCGAACAGGAAGAACAGAAACGAAGGAGUGAUGAUGUUCGGUUGCAGCUAGCACUCAGUCAGAGUGAACAGGACUUUAAAAAAGAUACUCCCAAACAAUCCGACAGUGCCCUGGUCGAUUUGCUAGAUAUUUCAUUCGGUGCAACCAGUAUCUCCAGUCCACUACAUCAACCUGGACCCUCGAAUAGCAGUGAUCCGUGGGGUUUGCCGGUUGCUGGUGGAUCAAGACCACAGACUACUGAUCCUUGGUCAAGAACUUCAUCGCCACCGGUCGUAGAUCCGUGGUUGAACAGCGCCUCCGCGUUGCCACCACCGACAUCUAAGCUUCCAAUGAUGACUGGUGCGGUUGGCGGCUUAGACGCGUGGGCUCCGGUGCGAACACAAUCCCCUUCGGUGACGUCCGGUUCGUCGGUGGAAGGUUGGCUUCAAAAUGGUGCAGGAGCAACAGCACCUCUUGCUACUAAUGGAAAUGUUGAUCCAUGGUUGAACAAAUCGACCAAUCCUAGCGCGCCUGUGACUGAUGCGUGGCAACCAAAACGAACAACACCAGUGCCUACGGCUGAUCCCUGGCAGCCAAGUUCAAACAACAUAACCAAACAAGAUCCUUGGGCGCCAGUGGCUGGAAGUACUGACGGAGCUUUUGCUCUACCCGCAACUCGACCGUCUCCCGUGGGAGCCAUCACCUCGCCGACCUCAGAUCUUGAUGAGUUCGACAUUAUUACUAAGAGAAGCAACACUAUCAAUAACACUGUGAACAACAAUCUAAACAACAACGUAGGUUCCCUAUUGGACGAUUUGGAUCCACUAUCGUCGAGCAACACCUCCAGUUCGGCUAGUAAUUCAGCAUCAGCACCAGCAGCAGCAGCGAAGAAAACUCCAGCAUCGUUCCUAGGCGAAAACUCCUCGUUGGUGAAUUUGGACAACCUGAUCAAGCCCGUCUCGACGACUGCGGGCGGUCCCAGCGGUGCAACAGCCUACAAUCCAUUCGGGGAAUCUGCUCCGGUUCAGAAAAAUCUAUUCCAACAAAAUCAACCCCAGGUACCGUCCAUAAACCAGCUGAAACAAUCACCCUUCCCGGUGACACUAAACCAAGACCCAUGGGCACCGGUUAACCCAGCAGCAGCGGCGCAAUAUGGGGAAAAUGAAAUUAUCUUCGGAAUAAACCCGUCUACCAAUGACAGUAGCUCUCCGGUCGACCUGCUCGAUCAAACUGAUGUUAACAAUAACAAUGUCGCUAUUGAUGUUUCUGAUAAAAAUAAUAAAGCCUCGAUGGACAUUGAGGAAAAUAAUACAAUUUUUACUGAUACUAUUCCACCGUCUACGCACGGACCCUGUGACGUACCACUAGAACUUGGUGCUGUCCCAAAAGCGCUUAACGCUUAUCCGACGCUGUGCAACAAUCCGGAAAUAAAUUAUCUUUAUGACUUCGGCUUUGCCGUUGAUGAUCGAUGUGAUACUAAUGAUUUCAAGACUAACCAUAACAACGUUAACAACAACAGUACUCCUUGGAUGAACCCACAAUCAUCGAAUCCAUUCCUAUCGUAAGAUUUAGCUAAUCAAUUGUUCAGCUUACUACAAGAAAAAUCUUUCACAAUGGUGGUAAAUUAAUUGGAACAACGUAGAGCAGACUCGGGUAAAAAAAACCAGAAGGCGUAUACUUACUCAUCCUCUCGAACACCGGAAAACUCGGAUAAUUCUCCGCCCGAUUGAUCAACGAAAUUAUUCAGUAUACGCCCGAAUCAACUCAAUUGUGUAGAUGAACAAAUAACAAAUUGUAGAAACGAAAAAAAACGCGUCAUUUCUUCGAGGUCUUUGACUGACUGAUAGCCAUAGCCAAGAUGAAUUACCAAAAUACACACCCAUCCGAACAGCUGAUAACUAGAACUAGAAUAAAACAAGAUCAAACAUGCCUUAUUAAAUGUCUAAUGGAAAAUUGCUGAACAGGACCUGUUGAAUGCUAAUUCAAUAGCCAAGCUAGCUACUAAUUGAAGCGUAAAACUGAAGAGCUAAGUAUAAAGGGGUUACCUAAAUUUGUAGAUUUGGUAUUAAUACGGUCGUAGAUUUUUCCCACACGGUAAAAAAGGUAAACCAAAUUUUGAGCGAUUUUGUAUGAAACAAAAAAAACAAAACAUUGGUGUAAUAAAGUAUAUUGCGUAAAUGUGAUAGCUGUUACCACACUUUUUUUUUAAAUGAAAAAUCUGAAAUUGCAAACGCGCACAGUGGAACUAAAUUUCAAUUUCACGAACCUAGCAUUUUGGCUCUUAAUGGUAAAAUAAUGGCAUAGAUAGUUCGUAAAAUUGUACAUCGAAAUAAAUUUUGAAAUGCCGUCAUACAAUAUUGGAAAACAUUUGCUACUGGGACCGCUUUGUGGAACUCGAAAUGAAUCGGUUUGUUUUUUUGUUGUACGAUCCCUUGUUCGAAAAAGUCGUAUCGAUGUCAAUUUAUUUUUGAAUUCAUCCAAUAGUCAAUCAUUAAAAGAUGGUUUCAAGGAUCACCGUAAAUCAGUUUACUAGAAGUGUAAAAUAUAACGACAGCUUUUCAGCGUGACGCGAGGUAGGGAUUGUAACCAGCGGGUAAAACAAAUGAAGAAGUAUGGUAACAAUAACUUUACGCGAUUCAAACGGCUAAUUGUGCAUAAAUGGAAUGCUUCGUCUAGUAUUAUCGUCGAUUUGGAGCUUUAUUCGAAAGGAUUAUAGAGCAAGCAAAAUGCACUUUAGCUCAAUGCGCGUUCCAAGAACACAGGUUAAGUGAUAAAGUAUUGUCUCUAUUACACGGACGGAAUAAAUCAAAUCACAUUUUCAAUUUUUCAUAUGGGGAAAAACAACAAACAAGAUUUGAUCAUAUUUAUUCUAAAUAAUAUAUUAUCAACCUUAUAAAUGAAAACAAGAUGGAUCCGAAAUGAUAAUAUAUAAUAUUUUUGUUAAGCUUGUGUAUUAACUAAUGAUAGUUUGAAAAAUAUUUUGCAAAACCUAAUCCAGGAAAAGAUACAAAAUUUUUGCUAGGAGCUUCUCUAUUUGACCACAAACAUGAGUUGAACAACGGAAAGAGGUAAUAUUUUCUCUACAUUUAAGUUAACAACAUUUCUGUGGAACACUGAUGCGAAACUUGUAUAGAAAGAACAAUGUUUAUAUAGAAUGGCAGAAUAAAAUUAUAUACAUAUAUAUUUUUUAAAUAAACUGACUUGAUUUCAAUAA